GGCGUAGGGUUAGUGCGACGCGCUCCGUGGCUAGACGUGGGGCAGGUCGGCAGCACGCUCGCGGCGCGGCGGCCUCCGCGUUGCAUAAUGCACAUCGUACUCGGCCGGCGAGUACGGCGAGGAUUCCCUAGUGCACGGCCCGCGCCAGCUCGCUGACUGUAGCUGCUAGCUCUAUCGCCCGUGCUGCACGUGCAAAUCGGCCGUGGUGCCGACAUGAGAGCGGCUCGUCGGCUACGGCCUCUCGUUCCACUGCUGGCGCUCCGUAUACUCCUCGAGUACCUCAAGUCGCUUGACGUCGCUCUUCCAUCGUAAACAACUGGAAUACUUUCAACUACACGACACAUACCAAAGACGAUAUACUCAUUAUUAAAUUAAGCUUAAUGAACAAACUACCCACAAUGAUAGAAGAAUGACAUGAACAAUGAAUAUUCGUUGUACAAAAUCAUUCAACCUAUGAAACAGAUGUACUUUUUCUUCUGAAAGUUUAACCAAUACUUCAAAAUGAGAUUGUCGAACGAGGAGGUACCAACAACAACAGUAGUAGGCCGCACUAAUAGCCCUAGCGGUACGGGCGCCGUAAGCACCGUGCCUAGUGCAGGCGCAUAUGAUGUGACUCGUAUGCGAGAAGAGGAGUUCGAAAGGCUCACGGUGUACAUAGUGCCAGAUGUCCCAUGCGAAAGAGGGACUCCCAACAGAGCAGAAAGAACACUCCCGCGCAGCCUGACUCUCAGACCAUCUGCUGUACUAUCCACACCCAAUACUCCGACGGAAGGUGUUUGGAGCAUUGGAGUCAUUCCGCGCGGUACCCGUUUUGGGCCCUUUGAAGGCUCAAGGACGCCUAAUAAACCCAAUGAUAAAGUGUCUUGGAGAUAUUACUGGAGGGUGCAGGAAAAUGUCAGACACCAUACUUACGGAAAUAUAAAGAUAUUUAAAGAUAGCGACUACUAUUACCUGGAUGGAUCCGACACAAGCAUCGCGAAUUGGAUGCGCUACGUUGCGUCCGCCUACUCGUUAUCCGUGAUGAAUCUGGUUGCCUGCCAGCACCAGGAACAUAUUUACUUUUACACAAUCAGGGAUAUUAUGCCUAAUGAGGAGCUAAUGGUCUGGUACUGCAAAGACUUUGCAACGAGGCUGGGGUAUGAUAUAGAUCCUGAGCGCGCUACAUAUUCGAUAUGUAAAGAAGAAACUAUAAAGAAAGCAUAUGGCUUACCACCAGCACCAGUGCAUCCUGAAAUUGCAUUUAACCAUAUGAAAUACGUUCUAGGAUUAACAAAUGCCAAGGAACUUCUAGAAGCUGAGAUUCCAAGUCGUCGAAGGAAACGCGAAUUGAAUGAGAAUCCACCUUUGGUACAACGAGAAGAUUCAAGAAAUAAAAAUGAUAGACUAAUAGUUAAUAAAAAUGAUGUACCUCCAAAUAUAAUUCACAAUAAAACUGAAAAUCUUGUCAUAAGUGAACAAACACCACUAUCGCCUAUUGGUUUAAUGCAACCACCAUCGCCAGUUAAAAUUCAACAUAGAGAUCAAACAUUAAUUCUACAUCAACAGAAAGAAAGCACAUCCCAUGUAAUAAUACAUCAGUUAGAAAAUCCAAGGGUUCAUGGUAAUAGAUCACCAGUACAAAAUCAACAUGUUAGAGAUAUUCGAGGACCAUCGCCAAUGGGACAAAAUCAUCAAGAAAAAAUGGGAAACAAAUCUCCAACUCUAUGUCAUUCUGGACCACCUCACUAUGAGCACCAACUAACACCCAAUGACGAAGGAUAUCAUAGUAAUGGCUAUCAUGAUGAUUUUACCCCACCAGAAGAUUCUAGCGACUCUGAUGUUGAAAAUUAUGUUUUAGAUUGCUCAAACAAAACCAACGAGCCCAAGGAAACUGUAAUAGUUCAAAAAAUUGACCAAGAAAUGCAUCGUAAUGAGUACAGAAAAGUAAAAAUCAAGAUGCCUAGAGCUUAUCAAUAUCAAAACCAUAAAGACAUGGACUGCGAAAGCGAAAAAGAACUUAUAAUAGCUGAUGAGACUUCCAAUAUUACUCCUCAAAAUUUGUCGCCACCUCGUCGAGAUCCAGCUACAUCUACGGUGAUCGUUCUUGAAUCAUCGCAAAAUACAAUACUACCUAUUAACAAACCAUAUUACGAAGACGGAACUAUUUCACCUAGCCCUCAACCAGCUUUCAUGAGGUAUUCUCCACCAGAUACUCGAAUUCUUGAAACUAUACUGACUGGAAAUAGAAUAGAUACUAAUAACAAUGACCCAAACCGGCGUCAACCUAAUGCUACGCCACCACCAUCAUCUCCGACUGAAAUGGCAUAUUCAUACAAAAAGAGUCAAAGAUACGGCAAUGCCUGCAGUCCUGAUUCCAGUUCAAAUCUUACACCUUUACCUUCGUUAUUACCUCUUCCACAACAAUUACCGACACCAACUACCGCAUCGGUUUAUUCAUCUUCACCGCCCCAUACUAUUCCACAUACAACUGAAAUUAGAGAAAUAAGAGAAAUUCGUGAAAUAAGAGAAACUAGAUAUGAAAGCCAUUAUCCAAACUAUUCGUAUAAUAUUUAUUCACCACCGAAUUCUACCAUAAUCACUCAAUUAGGAUCGCCACCUAAUACCUAUUCACCUACAGUAACAUCAUCACAUCAAUAUGAAAGACCUCAAAAUGGUCAAAGCAAUCAUCACUAUCCGUCAUCAACAAGUGUAAUCACAUUAAAAAAUUGUUCACAAUUAAGUUUAAUCCAGAACUCGAAUGUGAAUGGUCAACUGGUACAACAACACGGUAGUAUGAGUCCUGAUGAAUCUUGCGGUUUAAUGGUCGCUCCCAUGAGUCCAAAUUCACAAGCAUCACGUGGUUACAGAAGUUUACCAUAUCCUUUAAAGAAAAAAGAUGGCAAAAUGCAUUAUGAAUGUAACGUAUGCUGUAAAACUUUUGGUCAAUUGUCAAAUUUAAAAGUUCAUCUAAGGACUCACUCGGGUGAGCGACCUUUCAAAUGUAAUGUGUGUAAUAAAUCGUUUACACAACUAGCACAUCUUCAAAAACACCAUUUAGUACAUACCGGAGAAAAACCUCAUCAAUGUGAUAUUUGCAAGAAACGAUUUUCUUCAACAUCGAAUUUAAAAACGCAUUUACGCUUGCAUUCUGGACAAAAACCGUAUGCAUGCGAUCUAUGUAUGCAAAAGUUUACUCAGUUCGUUCAUUUAAAACUGCACAAACGGCUACACACAAACGAUAGGCCAUACGUCUGUCAGGGCUGCGAUAAAAAGUACAUAAGCGCUUCUGGACUUCGCACUCACUGGAAAACUACGAGUUGCAAACCAAACAAUAUCGAAGAGGUUCUUGCAAUUACAAACGCUGCCAACACUGAAUGUAUCGGUUCUGUCGACAAAGACUGCCACGAGAGAGAGGUGCACGAGGCAUACGAAGUGCACUCUCCAUCGCAGGGAGGGCUGAUUGGGACCGGUGGGGCGCGUGUUGCGAUGUCACACAGCGAAGUCAUGCUGGGUGGACACGCGCACACGACCACACCGCAUCUGGUGACGGGGCACGGGCAGCUGUCGCCAGUACACACGCCGCAGUACCGGUCACUGCCGCCACCGGAACACGAGCCGCCACCGCAGCACUACAGCCCUGCGACGGGCGAACCCCGCCCCAGUGUCAUCGAAUCCAGCCAACCACUUAUUAUAGAGUGUACCUGAGCUCAGGUGACGCUGCUGCCGCCCCACACCCUUGUCGGACGUGUUUCCCCGCCGCACUAUGUGAUUUCACUCUUGUGAUCAAGCGAAAGUAUUUUGUGUAUAAACAAUUCUAAGACGAGUGUCGAUUCGUCCUGUAUUCAGUGGCUAUGAGAUUACGAUAUGAACGUUAAGUUGUAAAUUGUAAUAUAUAAGUACGAUGCGAUAAUAAUAAGUACCACUUAAGUACUAAGUACUUGCGUAGAUUAGGUCCUUUAGGAAGAAUGUACUAUAUUAUAUUAAUCAUACUGCAUAUUAUAUCUAAGGUUUCUGCAGCCCUUGUUAUAAUUAAUGCUCAAUUUUUAUACAUAAACUUAGGAUUCUAUUGUAAAUAGGAGUUUUAUGACAUCGACUUUAUUUAAUUUGAAAGGUAUCGUUAUAUCUAUUGUAUAUAUUGUCAUCAUGUAUGUACGGUUGGCACGUAGCCAGGAUCAUAUUGUGUAAAUAAAGCAACACGUAUAUAUUACAAUCAUAUACUUGUAAAAUUACUAGCAAAAGUUCAAAUAAUCCAAUUAUAAGUACACUUCUAAAAAGCAUCUUAAGCACAGUAAAAUACGAUAAAUAAAAUAUUUCUAAACUGUCACCAAAGAUAAAGUCUUCGGACAAACAUUGGCAUAAACGUACUUACUGUACUUAGAUAAGAUGCUUUUGUUCUGCAGUCUUGAGCAAAAUCUAGAUCUGGUAAUGUUUAUUUGCCUACAGUCAAAUCUUAAUGACAGUUAUUUUUAUAAUGAAAUUCUGAAACUGAUUAGUGGUAAGUGCCAAAAGCACGAUUUAUAUUUUAAGUUAUCCUAAAGAAAUGUUGGUAUAGAAUUUUAAAUCGUUGUUCCUAAUGAAUAAUUGGAGAGUAAGCACGUAUGUGCAACAAUUUAAUUCUAAUGUUAUUUAGAUUAAAUGUCGAUUUUAAUCGACAUUUAAAUAAUAAAUUGUGUACAUUAUCCCUACGCUAGAACAAAUGGUGCUUCACAUCGUAGAGUAGUAGUCGUUCACGUCAGCCACCUACGUACUGACGGACUAUUACAUGUAAUAUUUAAUAAUUACACCGAGUCUACUAGUUACUAUUUUAUAUUCCAAAUUUCAAGUUAUUAUAAUUCUCCUAAUCGAAAAGGCUGAGAUAAAUAUAUGUUAUAUUGGGCGAAUGAACGAAAGAAGUUGUUUGCAUGACGUGUAAGUGUCGAGCGCAGAGUUCACGUUGGAUUCUAGUAAAUAAUAGCUUAUACGUGAUGUAAAACCAAACGAUAGCUUUUUGUAUAUUUCUAUUGUUCGUACGAUUAAGACUUUUACAUACAGUUUCCUGUAGAUUUAUUAACUGUAAUAUUUUUUACAUAUUUACCUACAAAGAAAUCAUUUUUAUAAUAAGUACUCUUACAUAAAUCCUUUGGUAGUUUUUAAUUUCUGAGUUGCAUAAUAUAUCAAUGUUGUCGUUUACUUUAAAUGAAUCUACGAAUAACGUAAGACAAUACAAUAUUAUAAUAAGUAACUUCUAAACAAAAAAUGUACUCGGUUUAUAAACACAUUUGAAGCAAAAAAAAAAUAUAAAAUUAAUUAUGAAAAAAUUCAAAAAGUAUUGAGCUUACAAGUUAUUCAAAGGUUCAUUUUAUGUGUGUAUACAAAAUAUUUUGCCAAUCUUUCUUGUCGUUACAUAUAUUUGCAAUUUAAAUAGAAUUCGUAUAUUUUAAAUAAAACGUACAGGGUUUAUACAAAAAGCAUCAAACAAUUGUUUAUAAAACAGUGAAAUGUUUCUUAAUACGAUAAUUGAUUAGAAGAUACAUUCGAUAAAUGUAGCAUUCUAUAUAACCAAUUUUAAAUUUAUAUUAAUUUAAAAUUAAAAGAGAUAUUUUAAUCAAAAACAGUGUUACAUGGUUUACUAUUUAAAAAAAAAAAAAAACAAAAUAAUAAUUUGCGCAUCACAACAAUUAAAAUGUUUAUAUGACAUCUCAUAAAACUAGUAUCUACUUGCCAUAUGAGAGAAUGAUGCCUUUAAGAUAUUCAUAGAUACUUCCUAAUAGUGUGUACCGCUUGUAAAAUAACUUCCAAAGUCGAAAGAAUAGUAUUCUACUGUUAUGUCCAUAAAUGCAUGCUUCCAUAUUUAACACAACUUUGUGUAGCAUCCUAUUUGGAAAAUGUACGAGUAUAUUAUUAAUCUCAGUCAUAUUCAUAAGGAGUUCUGUUAUACAAAUUCUUGUCAUUCCUUGUUAUUAUUCUAAGUUACUUUUUUAAGAAAUUUUAAAUUGCUAUAUGUACUUAUUAUUGUACCUAUUUGAUUUCUUUAUUCAUAGUAAACAACAGGGUAAUCAGAUACGAGUAUGUGCAGUUAAUAAAUAAAUAUUUUUAAUGCGAUACAUUUACUUUAUUUUUUCUAUAUUUAUACGGUUACUCUGUUGAUUUUAUGAUACUGGAUAAAAGAUACAUGAAAGCGCAGUUGUACCUACCUAAAUAUUAUUUAUCUGUAAAUAGUUUCGAUGAGUUUUUAUCAAAUGGUAUAAUUCCAAACCAUCUAUAUGUGUACUAUCAGUCAUUAACAAUGUAUCAAUAUUUGUAUAAAUAAUAACGCCUAAGAAAGAUAAAUCAAACAUGCAUAGUGUAUGCAUUAUCUACUUAUGGUACAGAAAAUUAAUGAUAUACAUUAUUAUCACUGUAUGUAUUCUUCAGCUACUAAUAUUUAUGAAUAUAAUGGACUCGCAUACAACUUAUAACGAGUAUUAUAAUUACUACACAAUGCGUCAGAUCUUACCUAUUGUAAAGACAUGUAAUUUUGUACACCUCGAUCGAUAAAUUGUUUUACAACACCAAAUCCAUUAAACAGGAGUAAAAAUAUA